UACGUCGGCGAAUUCGAGCGGGGCCUGCGCCACGGCGUCGGCGCCUGCACCUACGCGUCCGGCGCCAUCUACUCGGGCGAAUGGGCCGCGAACGAGGCGACGGGCGAGGGCGCGCUCGUCGACGUCGACGGGUCGACGAUCCGCGGCAACUUCCGCGCCGGCGCGGCCGACGGCUCCGCGACGUGGCGCACGCGCGAGGGCGACGAGCUCGACGGCUUCUUCGCCCAGGGCGCGCCGGACUGGGCCGCGCGGUGGACGGUGCGCUACGCCGACGGGCGCCGCUACUCGGGCGCGCUCCGCGACGGCGUCCCGUCGGGCGCCGCGGGCAUGAUGCGCUACGCCGACGGCGCCGUCUACGAGGGCUGCUUCGCCGACGGCCUGCGGUCGGGCCGCGGCGUGCUGCACGGCGCCGACGGCGCGACCGUGUCCUACGCGGGCCGCUGGCGGGACGACGCGUUCCACGGCGACGGCGCGCUCGUCGACCACGCGAGGAACGCGUACCGCGGGGAAUUCGCCGACGGGCUCAAGCACGGCGUCGGCGAGCAGACCUACGCCGACGGCGCCGUCUAUAAAGGCGAGUGGGUUCGCGGCGAGCGCCACGGCGUGGGCCACCUCGUGAAACGCGACGGCGAGACCUUCGCGGGUAGCUGGGUCGCGGGCCGGCCCCACGGCGAGGGCACGCUGACGCGGCCCGACGGCACGUCCCACGCCGGCGGCUUCGUCCGGGGCGCGCCCCACGGCUGGGGCGUCGUCACGACGGCGUCGGAGGAGCGCGAGUGCGCCUUCGUCGACGGCGUCGCCGUGGAAGACGACGUGAAGAUCACCUACGGCGCGGGCGGCCAGUACGUCGGCGCGACGCUCGGGGGCCUGCCGCACGGCGACGGCGUCCGCAAGUGGCCCAGCGGUGAGACGUACGCCGGAAGCUGGGUCCGCGGCAAGCGCGCGGGCAAGGGCGUCGGCGUCUUCGCGAACGGGGAUUCUUACGACGGCGAGUGGCAGAACGACCACCCGGCGUUGGUCGGCGGCGGCACGCUCAAGUCCGCGUCGGGGGCGACGCGCGUCUUCGAGCGGUAA